UUAAAAAUUCAGCAUGAUGGCGCGGAAAGUUGUCACACCACACGGUUAGCGUGUUUUCCCUUUUUUCUCCGUCAAUAUUUACGGUUUCUGAAGGUUAUGUUAAUUCCGUUACGCUUACCUUAGAGGUCACCUACUCUAUAGUGUUCGUAUCAAUCGAGUGCAACACGUGGUUGUACCUCGAUGCUUCUGCUUGACGUUAAGACAUAUCGUCUGGUUACUGGUCACCUCUAUUCCUGAAGUCAUGAGCGUGUUGGAGGUAAAGUUCGUCGGGGAUGGAGAUGUUCUGGAGCACAUCGUCGACAAACAGGAGGAGUUGCAGAGCAGUGCUGGAGCAAUACAGAAGAUGGUCACCUUUAAGAAACCGGUGGGACCGCGAGCAAGAGAUGAUUCACAAGUGAUGGAAGGAGAUGAAAAUGGCGUCCACGAUGAGCAGAAUUACGUUCACGCUUUUUGUGCAGACAGUGCAGAAGAUGACGAGGAUACAUCUAGAGUUGCAGGAUCGGCUAUUUUCACUUUUCAGAAGAGCAAACGGGGCCACAGCCUAGCGCAGACUGCAAAUGAGUUGGCACGGACCCCAGGGAAAAGUGUGAGCUUUAGUAGUACUUCUAACAAUGAAGCAUCCACGCCCACUCGGACACGUCGCAACCAGAGAGGUGAAAACCGAACACCCCAGAGGCGCAAAAGGGUGCAGUUUGUCUCUACAACACCCCACAGGCUAAGGAAGAGAAUGACAACUCCCAGUCUUCGAUCAGACAGCGACAGUGAGCUUUCACCCUCUGACUCUGGGGAAGAGGAAGAAGAAGGAAAUGAUGAUGAUGAAGUCAUUGUUGAUGAAGAGCAGAAAGUGAAGAAAGAUGACCGAGAGAACAAGACCCCAAAAACGCCUUGUAAAGGUUUAUCAGCAGCACUUUACAAGACCCCUGGCAAAAAGGGCAAGCGCACUCCCGAACCAAUCGCCCAAACUGCAAUGGUUGAAGAGUAUUUCGAGGCCCAUGGCAGCUCAAAGGUCUUGACAUCAGAUCGCACGCUGGAUCGUUUACACACACCAAAACUAGACCGGGAGAGACUUUUCCAACUCUUAGAAGAAAAACCUUCCUGCUACAUCAGAGAGAUCCAGCAACUCCAUAACAAACACAAAAUGCACUUUAGCAAAUGGAUGUUACAGUUACAGUUGGGAUUCAGUGUGCUGCUGUACGGUUUGGGAAGCAAGAUAGAGCUGCUGGAGGAAUUUCGUUCUUCUUACUUGUCUCAAGAGAUACAUCUUGUGAUAAACGGAUUCUUCCCUUCCAUUACACUGAAAUCGAUCUUGAACACUUUGAUAUGUGAGGUUCUUGAGCACCAGGGGAGUUUCCGAACACCAUCUGACCAAAUUCAGUACAUCUCACAAACCCUUAAGAACGAUCGCCAUGUCUACUUGUUAAUCAAUAAUAUUGAUGGACCAAUGCUGCGAGGAGAGAAGACUCAGAGUGCCCUGGGACAGCUGGCUUCACUGCCCAACAUUCACUUGGUGGCUACUAUUGACCACAUCAACGCUCCUCUCGUGUGGGACCAGUUCAAACAGAGCCAAUUUAAUUGGGUGUGGUGGGAGUGUGUAACAUUUAAGCACUACACAGAGGAGACAUCUUAUGAAAAUUCUCUGCUGGUGCAGCAAACAGGGGCUCUGGCUCUGUCCUCUCUUACACAUGUCCUUCGCAGCUUGACCCCAAAUGCACGAGGAAUUUUCAAACUACUUGUGAAAUUUCAGCUGGAAAACAAAGACAAUCCUUCAUAUACAGGAUUGUCAUUCCAAGAUUUUUACCAGCGUUGUCGCGAGUCGUUCUUGGUGAACUCUGACCUCACACUUAGGACCCAGUUGACAGAGUUCAAAGACCACAAACUGAUACGGACACGCAAGGGUGCAGAUGGCGUGGAGUACCUAUUAGUUGCCGUGAAUGCAAGCACACUGUUGGACUACUUGGAAAAUGAGGAAGGUGACUGAGAAGAUCACUAUGAAUUGCACAGUUUAUCACCAGCAACAAAACAUAGGUUGUCAAAUACUAUUUGAACAUGCAUUUAGAUAACUCUUUGUCCAUGGUAAUUUAAUAGUCAAACUGACUUAAUGAUCUGUCCUCACCUAGUCAUGCACAUUUUUUUAAAGUGUGCGUGAUGUGACUCAAAGCCGCGUUAAUAAAG